AAACCCUCCUUUAAUGCUGCUCUUAGUUGAAUGAUCGAUAUUUUUUUGACUUCUUACACGGUUUAGUUUUAUCAUAUUUUUUAAUUCUUCAUUACUUUUUAGUAUUUAAAAAGUAAAAAAUAAUAUAAUUUUAUGAUCCAAAAUUUGAAGCAAAAAUCACAUUUAACACAAAUUUCUUUGAGAAAAUUCUUUAUAAACGGUCCUCUACCGCCCUUACUCAGCCACAUCCCCUCAUCGUCUUCCUCCCUCGACCAUGCCUUCUUCCCCUGCCAUGAUCGAAAUCCUCUCCAAACAAACAGUAAAACCUCCCCCAAACUCCUCCCAUCCCCGCCUCUGCCACCUCACUCCAUGGGACGUCGCCAUGCUUUGCCCUCAUUACAUCCAAAAAGGUCUCCUUUUCACCAAUCUCCCGCCUUCUCUUCCCCUCCCCCUCCUCCUCGCCACCCUCCAAUCCUCCCUCUCUAUCACUCUCCAACACUUCUACCCUCUCGCCGGCCGCCUCCUCACCCAAAAACACUUCACCGGCGACAAAGUCACAUCCUUGCACGUCUCCAUCGACUGCAACGAUCAAGGAGCCGAGUUCAUCCACGCCGCCGCCGUCAAAAUCACACCUUUCGACUUUCUCUCCCCAGGCAAGGACAUUCCCUCCUUCGUCAACUCUUUCUUCCCUCUCAACGGCGCCAUCAGCCAAGACGGCCACUCCUCCCCUCUCCUUUCCGUUCAACUCACGGAGCUCGCCGGCGGCGCCGUCUUCCUCGCCUGCUGCUUUAACCACAUCGUCGGCGACGGCACCUCCUACUGGAAUUUCUUUAAUGCUUGGGCAGAGAUAACGAGAACAAACUCCUUAUCUCUCCUGCCGGUUCACGACAGAUGGUUCAUCGACGGUGAAAACCCACCGAUCCAUCUCCCCUUCUCCGAUUCCUCCCAAUUCAUCGAACGCUUCUCCCCGCCGGUUCUUCGGCAGAGAUUCUUCCAUUUCUCAACGGAAUCUAUAGCGAAGCUGAAAGAAAAAGCGAAUAGUGAGAUUAAAACUGAGGAGAAUCAGAAUCAGAAUCGAAUCAUAAUCUCCUCUUUCCAAGCUCUGAGCGCGAUGGUAUGGAGGGCGAUAACCAGAGCUCGAGGAUUCCCACCAGAGCAACUGACGAGCUGCCGUUUAGCUAUACAGAACCGAGGAAGACUCCGGCCGCCGCAAUCCCCGGCGUACUUCGGAAACUCGAUAUACGCGGUGGCGGCGACGGUGGCGGCGGGGGAGUUGGAGGCUAAUGGGAUAGGAUGGGCGGCGAGGCAACUGAACAGAGCGGUCACAGAGCAUACGGACGAGGCGAUACGUCAAAAGCUGAGAGAAUACCACGCGGCGCCGGUGGUGUAUAAGAUGACGAUGUUUGAUCCGAAGAGCGUGAUGGUGGGGAGUUCGCCGAGGUUCAAUAUGUACGGCUGUGACUUCGGGUGGGGGAAGGGGGCGGCUGUGAGGUGUGGUCCGGCGAACAAGUUCGACGGAAAGGUGUCGGCUUUUCCUGGCAGGGAAGGAGGUGGGAGCGUUGACUUGGAGAUUUGUCUUGUUCCUUCGUUCAUGGCGGCUUUGCUUCUGGAUCAAGAGUUCUUGGACUCAGUUUCUGUACCUUCGGGGAAGCUUGGUGGUGGUCUUUAAAAUAAAAAAAUAAAAAACGUGCACGUGAAAAAAACUAAUAAAAAAUUCUGUUAUGAAUUUUAGAAUUAUUGAGAAAAUUCAGAAAUAAAUUUUGGGUCAGAAUUCAAGAAAUUCUUAAUUGGGGCAUAUUUAUUUUGUAUUCUAUUUUUUAGAGUACAUAAUAAAUAUAAAGCUGUCUAUUUUUUUUUUCAUCU